CGUCACUUCUCGUCAUGCAAGACAACUAUGGAUUGAUAUUCAUGCUGCCUGAGUCCCGCCUCAUCUCUUAUCAAGGGACUCCUUCACAAGCACGACAAUGGAUCGUUUUCGCAGAUUAUUCGCUCCCCAAGUGACGUAUGAGGCAAUCCAGCAGCCUGCCGCGGCGGAUACCGAUUCGGAGGACAAUGAAUCUGCCUCCCCGGGUCCCCAACAGGCCCCUUUCUCCUCAUACGAAUACGCCGUGUUUCUUCUCUUGGGAGUCUCUAUGCUUUGGGCCUGGUACGUUGAAUGGGAGGGCUGGUUGAUUAGCGAGCUGCUUCUCUUCACCCAUUGUUCUCCUCGUAUGGCACCAGCUUGCUAAUUAACUGUCAUGACUCGAUUACUCACCGCAGGAACAUGUUCCUCGCAGCGGCUCCGUACUUCUACCAUCGAUUCCAGACAGACGACUGGACCGCGACUCACUUUCAGCCUUCCAUCUUGACCGUUUCGACAGUGACCAACUUAGGCUCCUCAUUCAUCCUCGCAAAGCUCCAGAAUGGAGCCUCCUACCCCAAGCGGACAGUUGUCUCGCUGUUGAUGAACAUUGUGGUCUUCACUUUCCUGGCUUUCUCGACUAUAUUCAUGAAAGAUGUCUCCGUGGCCAACUACUUUAUCUUUUUGCUGUUCAUGGUCUUCGGCGCAAGCCUUGCCACGGGCGUCAACCAGAAUGGCGUCUAUGCAUAUGUCGCCGGCUUCGGACGUGAGGAGUAUACGCAGGCCAUCAUGAGCGGCCAGGGCGUGGCGGGCGUUCUUCCAUGCAUUGUUCAGAUUCUUUCUGUUCUCUUCGUGGCAUCCGACCAAGGUGACAACGAAAACGACCAAGUAAAUGCCGCUUCGCCGCAGUCAUCCAAAUCCGCCUUCGCAUAUUUCAUGACCGCAACUGCGGUCUCCUCCCUUGCCCUCCUCGCAUUCACUUCCCUCGUUAAACGACGCUCUAACCUCCCCUGCUCAAGUGACAACACUGCCACGAGUAUUGGCAGCAAUGAGGAUGACACCUCCAAGCCGGCUAAAACCAUCGGCCUAUGGACACUUUUUCAGAGACUCCGGUUUACUGCCCUAGCCAUGAUCCUCUGCUUCACCGUCACCAUGGUAUUCCCCGUCUUCACCGCACAGAUCGAGUCUGUAAAUCACGGUCACCGCCUUUUCGAAGCUCCCGUCUUCAUCCCCCUCGCCUUCUUCUUCUGGAACGCUGGGGACCUCAUCGGCCGCAUGCUAGUCUUGUGGCCCGCACUCUCGCUAGUACAUCGGCCCUGGGCCCUAUUUGUCUUUGCCAUCGCCCGCGCUGCGUUCAUCCCGCUGUAUCAACUAUGCAACAUCCGGGGCCGCGGCGCCGUCGUGCAGAGUGACCUGUUCUACUUGGUCGUCGUGCAGCUGCUGUUCGGGGUCACUAAUGGUUACCUAGGUAGUAAUUGUAUGAUGGGUGCCGGACAGGUUGCGACAGACGAGCGGGAGCCGGCUGGCGCAUUCAUGGGACUGAUGCUGGUCACGGGGUUGAUGCUCGGCAGUCUGUUAAGCUUUCUGGCGGCUGGGGGUUGAGAGGAGUUGCUUUCCUGUUAAAUUUAAGUUUUUAGAUUGAUUCCUGGAUCGUUAUAGAUUUGUACAUCCGGCCACUUACUCUACUAUUAGUUCCGUGCAAUUGAGUUUCACACAUUGAAUACAUA